UUUUUCAAUCGUUUUUUUUACAUAAAACACAAAUCCUUCCCCUUAGAAAUAAAUCAUGCUAUCAGCCCAUUCUUUUAGGGUUUCCUUUAGCAUGUCGCCGCCAACAAUGAAACUUCUAGAACCCAGAAAUCAGUUUGCAGCCUCAAGAUCACUCCUCAGACUUCAAUUUCAGCGAAGCAAAGAAGAACCCGUGGCGAAUUUGCAAAGUACGGGGUCUGCUGGUAUGUGUACGGGGGUGUGGGCGUGGCGUACGGAAACUGUGCUGGCGCGGGGCGUGGCUGCUGGACGGUACGGAGGCCGUGCAUGGGGGGUUGCUUGGUUGCGGUGCAGAGGAAAAGGAGAUGUCCUAGGGUUUUGUCCUGUUUUAGUGUUCUAGGCCUGUUGGGUCCUGUAGAUUCGGGUCAGGGUUUAAUUAUUGGGCUUGGGUUAAUAGACUGUGGUUUUUAUAUUUAUUUAUUUGUUUUCGGUUUGUUUGUAAUGGGCCCGGGCACAUUUGGCCCACUACACUAUAUAUUGUGUUUUUGUUCUUUUGUCACAGUUUAAGUGCAUUCUUAGAUUAAUAAAUUUCAUCAUCAUCCAAAAAAUAA